AUGUUUCUUAUAGAAUUAAUAACUGCUCUUGUCGUUGCACUGUGUUCUCUAUAUAUUUAUUUCAAGUUUGUGGUGUUCACUUUUUGGCGCAAAAAAGGUGUAUUUUACAUCGAUCCCGUUGUACCAGCUGGUAAUGUGACAUCGUUAUUAAUUGGAAAAAUAUCAGCAACCGAACUAUUUCGUGACGCUUACUUAAAAUAUAAGGACCAUCGCACUAUCGGAAUGUACACAUUUUUCAAACCGAACCUUGUGAUUGCCGAUCUCGAUCUUGUCCGAAUAGUGCUGACAAAAGAAUUUGCUAGUUUUCAUGAUCGUGGAUACUACUGUAACGAAAAAGUAGAUCCGUUAUCCGGCAACUUGUUUUUAUUGCCUGGGACAAAAUGGAGAAAUUUGCGCACCAAACUGACACCUACAUUUACUUCGGGUAACCUCAAGCAAAUGUUUGGAGUUUUGAAAGACUGCGGCGAGGAACUCGCGAUCUCUUUAAAAAACAGAACCAAAACAACAAAAUGCAUCGAAAUAAAAGAAAUUCUUGGAAGAUAUACCAUAGACGUAAUCAUGUCCGCUGCUUUUGGAAUCAAGUCCAAUUGUAUGACAACGCCAGACAGUGAAUUUCUAUACCAAGGGAAAAAAGUAUUUGAAUAUCAUAUUUUUUGGUACGCACUUUUUGGGUUGGUACCUCAAAUUCCCGAUUUGUUUGCUAUUCCUUUCUUUGGUCGAAAAAUCUCAAAGUUUUUUAUAAAAGUGUUUCGGGAUACCGUGCAACACAGACAAACUCACAAUGUUGUCAGACAUGAUUUUAUGAAUCUACUUAUACAAAUUAUAGAGAAAGGCUACGUGGCGCCUGACAAAGGAGACACCGCCGAUGUUUCUUCGAAUACGAGCAAGAUGUCUAUCGUGGAAGCGGCAGCGCAAUCAUACGCCUUCUUCCUAGGCGGCUUUGAAACGUCCUCAACUACGGCGACCUUCUGUUUGUACGAAUUAGCAAAAAAUCAAGACGUACAAUACAAGCUUCGUCAAGAAAUUGAAGAAAUCUUGAAAAUACACGGCGAAGUGAGUUACAAUGCUGUAAAUGAUAUGACGUAUCUUCAUAAAGUAGUAUCUGAAACUAUGAGAAAAUAUCCACCAGUGCCGAUUUUGAAUCGCAUCUGUACCAAAGAUAUAGACCUUCCAACAACGAAUAUUCAUAUACCGGAAGGAACUUUACUUACUAUAUCGGUGCUCGGAAUACAGAGAGAUCCUGCCAUAUAUCCGAAUCCAGAUAAGUUUGAUCCCGAACGAUUCGACGCAAAUCAAAUAGCGGCUAGGCAUCCGUACGCUUACUUACCAUUUGGAGAAGGGCCACGAGUGUGUAUCGGUCAACGGUUUGGCUAUAUGCAGACAAAAGUUGGCGUUAUAAAUAUCGUAUUGAACUUCAAACUUAAACUUCAUCCACAGACUUCGGUGCCACUCAUCGUCGACAAAGCAUCUAUAAUAUGUACGCCCAAAGACGGUGUACAUCUUAUAAUUGAACCGCUAUAA